ACAACACAACAAACAUUAGUAUACAUUUUUUUAACGAUGGCUUUCAACAAGCAUAGUGCACUCAUUAUAUUGCUUUCUCUUCUUUCUUAUUCCAUAUUCUCACAUGCUUGUGAAUCAUGCAAUCCAAAACCUAAACCUAGUCCUCCACCAUCUUCAACAACACCUAAGGCCAGUCCUCCUCCUACUCCAUCAACAACACCUACCACUGGUACUCCACCUCCUUCAACAACAACGCCUACGGCUAGUCCUCCUACUCCUUCAACAUCACAAAAAUGUCCUAAGGACACAUUAAAGCUAGGUGUUUGUGCUAAUCUUCUUGGACUUGUUAAUGUUGUUGUCGGAAGUCCUGCUUCAAGCAAGUGUUGUGCAUUGAUUCAAGGUUUGGCUGAUUUGGAUGCAGCAAUUUGCCUUUGUACUGCAAUUAAGGCUAAUGUUGUUGGUAUCAACUUGAAUGUUCCUAUCACACUCAGUCUCCUACUUAGUGCUUGUCAAAAAUCUGUUCCUUCUGGUUUCCAAUGCUCUUCUUAGAUUUUCAUGUUAUAGGUUCAAGCCAUACAAAGUACUCAUGCUACUACUAUUUUCACGAUUGUUUUUAUUUUAGUUAUUGUUUAUGUUAAUAAUUGGAACCACUAUGAGUUUAACAGAAUCACGGUAACAUCGUGAUUCUGCUAAAUUAUCAUUAAUCCAAAUGUAUUGUAUGUCAUUUCAAUAAUGGGGUAAGGGUGUUUUCCUUAUUCACCAACUUUGUUCUUUUCAAUUUUAAUAUAUUUUCGUGAACUUUUAUUAAUUUUUGCAAUGAAUGCUUUAUUGUAAGUUUUUGUGUUUAUUGGAUAUGUAAAACUCAAUUGUAU